ACUUGGAGAAUCAACAAGCAACGCUCUCGGCGAGUUUAAAGAGGCAAAAAAUCUCUCGCAAUGGAGCCUCUCCGUAUCCUUCUCGUUGGCAAUGGCGGCCGUGAGCAUGCUCUGGCUUGGAAGCUGAGCCAGUCUGCCCGCGUGGAGUCCAUAAUUGCGGUACCCGGUAACGGAGGCACAGCGACGUGUAAAAAGGUCACCAACAACAACUCCGUCAAGGCCAAUGACUACCCAGGACUUGUUGCAUUUGCAAAGGAGAACAAGAUUAACCUGGUUGUCCCAGGACCCGAGGCUCCAUUGGUUGACGGCAUCGAAGAUUACUUCCACGCCGUUGGAAUUCGCUGCUAUGGCCCUUCCAAAGCCGCUGCGCGCAUGGAGGGGAGCAAGACUUUCUCGAAGGAUUUCAUGAAGAAGCACAACAUUCCUACCGCUGCAUACGAAAACUUCUCUGACUACGAGGCCGCUCGCAAGUACCUGGACACGAUUGAUCACAAUGUCGUCAUUAAGGCCAGCGGCCUUGCUGCCGGAAAGGGCGUUAUCAUUCCGACGACCAAGGAGGAGGCACAAGCGGCUUUGAAGGAUAUCAUGCAGGACAAGGAAUUUGGGGCUGCUGGUGACGAGGUUGUCAUUGAGGAGUUUCUGGAGGGAGAUGAGUUGAGCAUUCUGAGCUUCAGCGACGGCUACACGAUCAAAUCCCUGCCGGCAGCGCAAGACCACAAGAGGAUAUUCGAUGGCGACCAAGGACCGAACACAGGCGGCAUGGGAUGCUAUGCUCCAACAAGCCUCGCUACCAAGGCUCUGAUGGAGGAGGUGGAGCGAACAAUUCUCCAGCCCACAAUUGAUGGAAUGCGCAAGGAUAGAUUUCCAUUCGUCGGCACCCUAUUCACUGGCCUGAUGAUCACCAAGGACGGACCGAAGACCCUCGAAUAUAACGUUAGAUUCGGUGACCCUGAGACCCAAACUUUGCUCCCGCUUAUGAGCAAGGACUCCGAUUUGGCUGAGAUUAUGGUCGCAUGUACCGAAGGAUGGCUGGACAGCGUAACGGUUGAGGUCGAUGCCAAAUUUGGCGCAACCGUUGUGGUAGCUGCCGGCGGCUAUCCAGGAGCUUACCCCACCGGUACUCCCAUGACUAUCCAGACUCCUCCGUCUGGCACGAACCAUUUCCAUGCCGGAACUGUCAUCAAGGAUGGCCAGCUCCAGACCGCGGGUGGCCGCGUUAUCGCCGCUACCUCGACCGCCGAGACUCUUGAAGAGGCCGUCAAGAGAGCCUAUGUCGGCGUCGACCACAUCAAGUUCGAUAAGAUGCAGUUCCGCAAGGACAUUGCACACCGCGCCUUCAAGCAAAAGGCCGCCGAGAAGGAGGCCCUAACAUACGCCUUAGCAGGCGUCAGCAUCGACGCCGGCAACGAGUUCGUCGAACGCAUCAAGUCCGCCGUAGCCUCCACCAAGCGCCCCGGCGCUGACGCCGAAAUCGGCGGCUUCGGCGGCGAAGUUGACCUCGCGAGCGCUGGCUACACCACCGCGCCCGUGAUGGUCGGCGCCAUCGACGGCGUUGGCACCAAGCUCAUGGUCGCGCAGGCCAUGAACAAGCACGACACCGUCGGCAUCGAUCUCGUCGCCAUGAACGUCAACGACCUCGUCGUCCAGGGCGCCGAACCCCUCAUGUUCCUCGACUACUACGGCUGCAGCCAGCUCAACCUCGAGAGCGCCGCCGCCUUCGUCGAGGGCGUAGCCGCGGGCUGCAAGCAAGCCAACUGCGCCCUCGUCGGUGGCGAGACCGCCGAGAUGCCGGGCAUGUACCAGCGCGACGACUAUGACGCCGCUGGUGCCGCUAUUGGCGCUAUGACCAAGGACCUCACCCUCCCGAUGAAGUCUGCUAUGAUCCCCGGUGACGUCCUCAUCGGCCUUGCCUCCAACGGCGUCCACUCCAACGGCUUCUCGCUCGUGCGCCGCAUCAUCGCGCGCGAGGGGCUGGCCUACACCGAUACCGCGCCUUGGGACACCUCUGCGUCCGUCGGCACGAGCCUGCUUACCCCGACGAAGAUCUAUGUGCGUUCGCUGCUGCGCGUGGUGCGUAAGCGUCUCGUGAAGGGGCUGUCGCAUAUUACAGGCGGUGGGCUGGCGGAGAACGUGCCGCGCAUGCUGCCGGCGCAUUUGGCUGCUGAUAUUGACGUUGCGGCGUGGAAGCUGCCGGAGGUGUUUAGGUGGUUGAAGAAGGCCGGGAAUGUGAGUGGGGUGGAGAUGGGGAGGACCUUCAAUACCGGGGUGGGGAUGGUGGCGGUGGUGGCGAAGGAGAAUGUGGAGCAGUUGAUUAAGGAGCUUGAGGAGGAGGGAGAGACGGUUUAUACGAUCGGAACACUUGUGGAGAGGGGUGAGAAGGAGGGAUGUGUGCUCAGGAACCUUGAGUCGUGGGAUUAGAGAUAUAUAUGGCUGGAUGAAUAGGAAAAGUCGGAGGCGUUUACUUUGAAUUGAAUAUACCAAAUUACCUGACUUGAAGCACCA